UCUCCGGCCUUCACCAUGCUGGUCGCCCGGGCUUUGCGAUCCGUCGCCGCGCGCCGUUCUCUGCCGCUGCGGCCCCUGCUGCCUGGGCAGGCGAGUGCGCAUCGCCCGCUGCCGGGCCCGGCGGCCGCCGCCGCCCGGCCUUUCACCCGCUCGCUCUGGGUGCUCCACGGCGCCGGAAAGGGCCUUCCCAGCCUCCUGCGGGGCUCGCCCUCCGUGUCCUGCUCUUGCGGCGGCCUCCAUACCGAAGGUGACAAAGCUUUUGCUGAAUUUCUAAAUGAUGAAAUCAAAGAGGAGAAGAAGAUCCAGAAACACAAAUCCCUGCCAAAGAUGUCUGGAGGAUGGGAGCUGGAAAUUCAUGGCACUGAGGCCAAGCUCACACGGAAAGUGGCUGGGGAAAUGAUCACUGUCUCCUUCAAUAUUAAUAAUAGCAUUCCACCAAACUUUGAUGAGCCCCCAGAAGGACAGAAGCCUGAUGAAGAAGAGCCUGAGCUGACAUCCACCCCAAACUUUGUUGUAGAAGUAACCAAAGAUGAUACCAAGCAAACACUUGUGCUGGAUUGCCAUUACCCUGAGGAUGAGGUGAGCCCCAGUGAAGAAGGGGAAAGUGAUAUUUUUUCCAUCCGGGAGGUCAGCUUCCAGCCUGCUGGAGAUUCAGAAUGGCAGGACAACAACUAUACUCUCAACACCGACUCUCUAGACUGGGCCCUGUAUGACCACCUGAUGGAUUUCCUGGCUGACCGAGGGGUGGACAAUACGUUUGCAGAUGAGCUUGUGAACCUCAGCACAGCCCUGGAGCACAGAGAGUACAUUCGGUUCCUUGAAGAUCUGAAGCAUUUUGUCAAAUGUCAGUAGGCUGAGUUGGCUGCGUGGAGGCCUGUGUUUCCUCACGGGGAGUUUGGGGGUGGAUGAUUUUCCUGCCCUUCAAAGCCUGGACUCUAGUUUUAAAAUCCCAGGGAACUAGAGAAGAGAGAGUUGAAGUUUUUCCGUGGAGGUUGAUUAUAUCCACCGACUGGGGGGUAUAUUGUUCUGCAACUGUAUGCCAUCCAGGUGCCAACUAGAUUGGGGAGGUUUGUACAGUUUAAAAAGGAAGAUAAAUGAUGUGAAAAUAAACUAUCUUAAAUUCUUAGUGUAAGGUGGACUGUGUGUGUAUGCUUAGCUUUUUUCAGCUUGGUGCUGUUCAGAUACGCUGAUGCUCUAAAUCCCAGAAUUCCUACCCAACUACCUGGAUUAACAGAAGGUUGCCACGUUAGCAUUCCAUGCUUCGCCCAAACAUACAUACUACGUUAUGGCUUAAUGUGAUGGCUUGGUUCACGCAGCAUGCUAAAGCAUUUGCUGGAUCCCCAGACCUGAGCCACUUGGUUUAAUCUAGUCUAGGGAAUUGUGCAAACACAGGUUCAGUUAGAUAGUGCUAACUUAGAUAACCUUCUGGAUGGCUCCAUAGGAGAUAGCUUGCAACCCACCUCUUAAUGCCUUCAGCUGUAAUUUUUCCUGGUAGAUGAGCCAUCUGCUUGUGAACAAGAGUUCUUCAAGGAGAGGGAGCUGUUUUGCCUGUGAAUAAUCUGUGGUGGAAGGGAACAAAUAUACAGAAGGA